AGCUGGUGUGUGUGAAUGUUCCGCCUGGUCUCACCAUUUGAACUGCAUGGACAUCUGCAGGUGAACUGAACCCAGAGCACAGACACCAACGCUGAAGGUUGUGUGUGAGAUGAGUGUGUGUGUGUAAAACCACUGAGCCUGGAAAACAGUGUAUGUCUUGCCGUCUUGUGUGUGUGACCUUGCCUGCAGUGUGUGUGUGUGUGUGUGUGUGUGUGUGUGUGACCUUGCCUGCAGUGUGUGUGUGUGUGUGUGUGUGUGUGUGUGUGUGUGUGACCUUGCCUGCAGUGUGUGUGUGUGUGAGAGAGAGCGAUGGAAGGGAAGGUGUGUAGUGGGAACAACGUGCUCCAGGCGAGAAAAGCAGUGGAGCAGCUCAGAGUUGAAGCCAACAUGGACCGGGUCAAGAUCUCGGUGGCAGCGGCUCAGCUGGUGCAGUACUGCCAGGAGCACAUCCGCUCCGACCCGCUGAUCACAGGCAUCGCCACCUCCGCCAACCCCUUUAAGGACAAGAAGACCUGCGUACUGCUCUAGACCUGAGUACUACUCUAGACCUGAGUACUGCUCUAGACCUGCGUACUACUCUAGACCUGAGUACUACUCUAGACCUGAGUACUGCUCUAGACCUG